CUCUUGUCUUUUCCGACAAGCCUGGCCAGUCUGCAAACCUCCGAAAAGCUUUUGGCUUUGCGCCGAAGGAAAAACAUGGCAUGUAAUCUAUCUUGUUGGCACCAUCAUCUAUCUUGUCGGCACCAUCAUGAGAGUCAGUACUAGGAGUAGAAGUUCCAUAGCUCCUCAUCAAGCACAAGCUCUCAUCUGCACACCAGUCCCCACGAGCAGGAGCGUUUUUGUGUCGUGACCGGACGAGGUGGUCGAGAUGUAGAAAUUGAAAUGCUGAUCGAGAAGCACGCUCCUGCAAGAAAGAGGCCACGUAGCAAGAUUUUUUGAGUAGACUGGGUGUAGUUAUUCUGUCAUAUUUGUAAGCUCGUCUGUCAGUGUCGGUCGUGCUUGUGCUUCACCCCGCCCCAGGAACAAGAAAGAAGUCGAGCACCUUCUAGAUUCUCUCUUCUGAACGAUGUAGCGAAAGCAACCGUACAAACAAGGUGAAGGUGUUGCAAAAAGCAACCUCAUCUGAUCGAUGUGGACACCUGUGGCAAAGCACAACAAUCUUCCCUGCGAUCGAAGGAUCAAGAGCCGAGGCGCAAUAACACAAGAGACCUAGGGCACAACAAUCUCAAUCUAUUCCCCCCCGCCACUUAAGUAAUCGAUGUAAAAACUUAGGGUGCAGCAACAACAGUACUGUAAAAGUCGAAGGGCGUGCAACCGCAAGGUCAACCGCUGCAUUGGAACAGCAAGAAUUCUUUCACGUUUUUUUUAUUUACGUCUUCAUUAUUUAAGACUGAACGACAUAAAUCUUUUUUCAUAGCAGGAGUGUGACAUUUGGACAGUUUCUCCGCACAGUUCUUAACUACUUAGUGCUCCCGCACCAAGAACAUUGGCGAUCAUUGAUCAGUCCAUCAUCUUGUUGUACUGAUUGUCUGAUGCCCAUUUUCUUGGAGGUGCUGCCUGGUAAAAAUACUAUGCUAGUACUAGUAGUCCAGACUCGUCACAACUCAGUCUGCCGAAGAUUUUCUUUGCUCCACCUCACCUUUUGAAAUACACAUGCAUAACCAUUAUAUUGAUUUGUUUAAAUUGUAGCAGACUCAGAAUCGAUGACGCUGGUCGUGCCGAGGAGUGCUCGCGCUCGCCGCAGUUUGACAGUCAAAUGAAAUACCGAUGAGGACUUCGAAGACUAAAAGAAUUCUAUUACCGAUCGCGAUCGACAUCUUGGUCAUCUAUAGUAUUUCGAACAAGAAUCGAGAUCGACAGCGCUAUACUUCUAGACGAGUCAACAUCUUUCCGCGUAAAACUUAGUAAAACUGACCUCUGGACGAAGAGGUAACUAAGAAAGAUCCGUCGAAGAAGCGUUAAUUUUCACCAGUAAGACGAAAACGAGUACGCGCUCCCCUUCGCUUGAAGAACUUUGCCGUAGUUUUCGUUUGAAAGUACAAGUAGUAACAAUAAAUGAUCGAUUCUGUAGAAUGCUGUAGCGUUUCGUUGGUACUAGAUAAGAUGACACGAGAUGUAGGAUGAUUCGAAGUUGUAGUUACAGGUCGGACGUGCACCAAGGCGAUAUGGUUCGAAAAAACAAGCGACAGAGCCUGCGACAAGUUAUGCAAAUUGAGGUGUGUCAGGAAAUCGCACAAAAAUUUGAACUUCUUCUUUCUGUACAGUCGAUGAAAGUCCUUCCCCUAGGAUCAUUAUCUCUUUGUCGUCGUAGAGAGCAGGUGCAGGUCAACGCUUCUACUGUCCACCAGUUGGUCCUACAACUACAGCCUCAAAGUAGCGGUGCGCCUUUUUUGGACGUGGUGUUCACGACUCGCAGCAAAUAA